AUGGCCGCUAUUGCCUCUACUCCUUCCACCGCAUCUCUCGCUCGCAGCCUCUCCACAAUCUCUCGUCCCGCGCGUAAGCACGCUACGACCCUGCUAGUGAGUGGCUCGUCGUUCGCGAAGGGUAGUGCUCCGAGCUUCCGCCAGGCGUUUGCCAUUAAGACUGCUUCCAGGAGCGCGUCGGCGUCCACAAAGGGCGGAGCGAUGGGUGCCAACGCAUCCGCGGCGACUUUCGCGGGGAAGACCUUCCACGACUUCACUGUCAACGAUAUCAGCGGCAACCCCGUGUCGCUGUCGCAGUACAAGGGCAAGGUCGUUCUCGUCGUCAACGUCGCCUCGCAAUGUGGACUCACCGAUUCCAACUACAAGGAGCUGCAGUCGGUGUACGACAAGCUUAAGGACAGAGGUUUGGAGAUCCUCGCGUUCCCGUGCAAUCAGUUCGGGUCGCAGGAGCCGGGCAGCAACGAGAAGAUUAAGGAGUUCGCGUGCUCCAGAUACCGCGCCACCUUCCCGCUCUUUGACAAGGUGGAUGUGAACGGGGCGAACGCAGCCCCGGUCUACCAGUUCCUGAGGUCGCAGAAGGGUGGAGGACUGCUGGGUGACUCGAUCAAGUGGAACUUCGGCAAGUUCCUUGUGGACAAGGAUGGCAAGGUUGUGGAGAGAUACGCUCCUACCACCUCUCCUUCCGCCAUCCAGGCUGACAUAGAGAAGCUGUUGUAA